AUGUGUGCGGUGUACGCUCGCAACUGUAGAGGUCCCCCUUUUUCAGCGGGCUGCGCGCACAGCUAUUGCACCCGCUUUUUAUCCUGUGUAAAGAGGAGAGAGUGAGGGGGCAUAUGUACGGAUCCUGCACGACCGCAGACAUGUAUCCUCCGUGAAGUGUAGCGCAAGGCAACUCUAAGAUACCGGGUGUUCUGCGAGAAACAAUGAACAUGUGCGGCUCUAUUUCUGAAUGAGCACAAUGACAUGUGUGAUAUGCGUUGUAGCCUACCUAUAGACCAACAUCAUUCGCACGAUUCCAAUUUAAUUCAGAUUUGAGGGCACAGGUAUAUGACUUAAACUCAUUUUAGGGAAGAAAGAAGACGUGGUGUUCUGCUGGUUUUUGUGGAAUUUUCGCUCCAGCUGAGAGUCGUGAUGUCUGGCUCAUUUCACACAUUGUUCCUGGUUCUGCUGGGUGUGUUGACGGCAUGCGCCCAGACGGAGAUGAAGAGGGUUGUCGGUGACAAUGCGACACUGCCCUGUCACCACCAGUUCUGGGCAGGUGACGCCCCCACACUGGACAUCGAGUGGCUCCUACUCAAGCCCAGCUCCAAGCAGAGAGUGGUGAUCACCUACUUCGCGGGCCGGGUGUACGACCCCAACGAGGCGGAGGCGGGCCGGCUGUCCUUAGCCGGGGACUACCUCAAGGGGGACGCCUCCCUGCUGAUCAGUGACCUUAGCCUGGGCGACUCGGGCGAGUACAGCUGCAAGGUGAAGAAUGGGGGGAAGUACCAAUGGAGCACGAUCAACCUCAUAGUACAGGUGAAGCCGUCUAAGCCGCGGUGUUGGAUGGAGGGCCGGCUGUUGGAGGGUAGUGAUGUUAAGAUGAGCUGUAAGUCUACAGAUGGCUCUGACCCCAUAAACUACAAAUGGGAGAGGCUGCUGGACAAGGGCAAGUAUGUGGGAAAGCUGCCCCCACUGGCCCUCAUAGAUUUGAAAAACUCAGAGAUAGUGACACUGAGGAACCUGACCAAGGAGAGUGCUGGGGUGUAUAAAUGUACCGCCAGCAACGAUGUGGGAGAGGAGAGCUGCACCGUAGAGGUCAAGAUGCACUAUGUGCGGGGCAUGGGUGUGGUGGCGGGCGCCGUGGUGGGCGUGUCCUUCGGUGUCCUCCUCAUCAUUCUCAUUAUUUGGCUGGUGUUCCGCAAGAAGGAGAAGAAGAAAUACGAGGAGGAGGAGACCCCUAACGAGAUCAGGGAGGAUGCGGAGGCUCCCAAAGCCAAACUGGUGAAGCCCAACUCUCUCUCCUCGUCCCGUUCUGGAAGCUCCCGCUCGGGCACCUCCUCCACCCAGUCCAUGGUCCACACCACUGCCCCCCGGGGGCCCCGCGCCCGGCUUCCUGACGUCGCCGCCCUCAAGGAGAACGGCCAGCCCCCCAGCUUCCCCCAACAGCCCCCUGCCUACACACAGGUGGUCCCCAAGACCCCUGAGCCCCGCACAGCCCCGGCCAAGCUCAGCCCUCCCCCAAAGCUAAGCCCCGGGAACCUGGCCCGCAUGGGAGCAACGCCGGUCAUGAUCCCUGCCCAGACCCAGGCCUUUCAGACUGUGUAGGAGGGAGGGAGGGAGAAGUGGAGGGAGUAGACGCAGACAGACACAAGAAGCCCCAGUACACAGCUGAUAGCAACACCCAGCCUGCCCCCAGAAACCCUGUGAAAACCAGCCAUAUCAUCAACUAAAAGUAUAAUUGAGUGCAUUCUACGAAGGGAAGACUUUAGUAAGAGGAUUUGUCUCCUGUACAAACAAUACAGAGCGAAAUCUUUUGUUCGCAUGAUAUCCCAUGACAACAGAACAUUCAUUGUGUUUUUGCUGACGAGGUCAGUGAUGUGUAUCAUACUCUAACGAGGUCAGUGAUGUGUAUCAUACUCUGACGAGGUCAGUGAUGUGUAUCAUACUCUAACGAGGUCAGUGAUGUGUAUCAUACUCUAACGAGGUCAGUGAUGUGUAUCAUACUCUAACGAGGUCAGUGAUGUGUAUCAUACUCUAACGAGGUCAGUGAUGUGUAUCAUACUCUGACGAGGUCAGUGAUGUGUAUCAUACUCUGACGAGGUCAGUGAUGUGUAUCAUACUCUAACGAGGUCAGUGAUGUGUAUCAUACUCUAACGAGGUCAGUGAUGUGUAUCAUACUCUAACGAGGUCAGUGAUGUGUAUGAUACUCUGACGAGGUCAGUGAUGUGUAUCAUACUCUGACGAGGUCAGUGAUGUGUAUCAUACUCUGACGAGGUCAGUGAUGUGUAUCAUACUCUAACGAGGUCAGUGAUGUGUAUCAUACUCUAACGAGGUCAGUGAUGUGUAUCAUACUCCGACGAGGUCAGUGAUGUGUAUCAUACUCCGACGAGGUCAGUGAUGUGUAUCAUACUCUGACGAGGUCAGUGAUGUGUAUCAUACUCCGACGAGGUCAGUGAUGUGUGUCAUCACAGGAGGACCCUGUGUAGAGUUGAGGUAUUUUUAAACCAAACCGACAGAGCCAUGAAAGCGGAAUGGGCUAUGGACAAAGGGAAGGAGGGAGUGAGAGCAAACAGGACUGGAAAAGAGCAAACAAAGGAGAUACACAGGCUGCAUAGCUCAGCAGAGAUCAGGCAAGGGUGUCUGGCUGUCUUACGACACCUAAUACCUGCUACAAACCAGGACAAACCAGACGGCAGACAAGACAAAGAGAGAAAAAAAAACAAAAAGACAGGAAAAGUAAACCUCUCUCUGGACUUGCCUGAGCACCACACCUACCACACCGAGCCAAUCAAUAUCUCCCAGGCUUCUUUGCUGGCAUCACAUACCUCCAUGUAAUCUCCUCCAGGAUACCCAGCAGGCAUGGUGAUUGGUUUAGUAAGGAAGGGGGUGCAGGGGGUGCACCGAUCGAUUGACACACCAAUGAGAGUGGAGGAAAGUUUGAUGCUGAUACAAGAGGGAUGUUUGCCUGUGAUUGUACAAAGAUGAUAUAGCUUAAGUAAGAGACUCCACCUAGACACGUCACCUGUCAUCCUAUACACCUGCACAUGGGUCACUCGCAGCAACACGAAAGAUAUCAAUAUUGAUUUCCCAUCUUUCCUGUGCGUCCAGCACUAUACACUCAACAAGUCUGGACUUAUGUAACGUUAUCUUCCCACGUUCAUGGACAGCGUCAAUUAAGGCCAUAGGAAUAUGUGACUAUGGGGAUUAUUAAUGGCUGAAAUAUCUAUUGCUUAAUAUGUAUUGUCUAAUAUUCUACGUUUCCUUUUUUCUAUUUCAUUUAUUUCAGAUUCCUUCAGAAUGUUUAAAGAUUGUUAUUAAAGGGGUGAACUUAAGCCCUAUCGAUAAAGUGCCACAGUUGAUGUUUGUUGAAGAUGGUUAAUGGCAUUUCUGUUUUAAUUUGUGUUGUGUUAAUGACAUUUCCAUUAAUCCAAAAUGAAUGAACUAACAUAUGAAUGUGUUCUAUGCCGUGCAGUAUAUAAAGGGCUGGAUUCAAUUUGAUUCACCAACUAACGUGCAAGAACCGCGUUAUAGCUCCAUUUAAAUUGAAAGGCAAUGUUCCCGCGUUCGCGGAGACCGCAUUCACAGUCGGCUGAAUAGAAAAUGACCUUUACAUUUGAAAUACUUCCGCGAUAUAGAUUAAUUCCAGCCCAAAAUCAUUGGAUGAAUCCUUGUUUUUUAAUGAGCAGAGAUUUGCAGCAAUACAUUUAAUCCCCUGCAGUUGAACUGUGUCUGAAAAAAUACAAAAUAUAUUCUGUAUAAUGAGAAAACGAGCAAAGGGCCAUACACAUCAUAAUAUGAUAUCACAUGCGUUGGCUCAGCACCAUCUUGUGAUUAUAGAAGAACAGUAAUGAUAAUCCUAAAGAGGGCCUUGGGUUAACAUACACAUCAUAAUAUGAUAUCACAUGCGUUGGCUCAGCACCAUCUUGUGAUUAUAGAAGAACAGUAAUGAUAAUCCUAAAGAGGGCCUUGGGUUAACAUACACAUUUUAAUUGAAUACACCACAAAAAAGUAUUAUUCACAAAACAAUUAAACACCGAUUUACAGUUUUAAAUGGUUAACUCUACGGUACACCUGAGAUUGAUUCCAUUUCAAGCAGAAUGAAAAGGACAAUGGCUUUGAGUGAAGUCUCUUCAUGGUGGCCAAACAGAAUUUAAACAACACUCAACCUCAGUAAAAUAUCCUGGCUGAAAGUGUUGAAUUAUGCCCUACCAUUCUCUGAUUUAAAUGUCAACUUUUGCCUGAGCUUUCAUCUGAUCCAAAUGCGUGACUUCUGCCUAGCGAUAGUCUUCUCUGCCUCUACGCAGCAGCACAUUGGUCCUUCAGUGUUAUGACUGCUUCCUCCAAAGAGACACCCCUGUUAUUCUGGCUCAAUCGCAAUGCAAUGGAUGAGAUGUCAGGAGCUAUUUGGAGUGACUGCUGUGGCGCCCUCCAGGAGAACCCAGCAAACUCAUCUUAGAUCACCCAGGAGGGAGGGCUCUUCUCGUCCAGCGGUGCAGAGCAUAAGAGCACACUCGUACUCUGGCCUCCGAAAUGGUUCAAAUGAGGACGGGUGACUCGAGAGUCUAUACUUCUUGAAAAAGGUUAAAAAUUUACCUGGCUUUUCGUUCAUGCCUGGUUGAAAUCACCCAGAUGAGUUUGUAUCAAUAAUUGUAUUUUGUAAAAUCGGCCUAUUUUUGAUGAGAUUAUUUCAUGAUCGUGGGUAGUUCAAAGAGUGAAAAGAAAAUAGCAAUUUUGUCUCUGUGACUCGAGUACUUCCAGCUUGCUCACUGCUGGUUGAAAAGCACCUUUAAACCAGGAGACGGAUGAGUGGCGAGAUGAGAGGACAACACCUGAGGGAGAGCUCCUGAUUACCCACCACAACCCCCUUUGAAUUUCCCAUUAUACCUUUAAAAGCCAAUACAGGGAGGCCGAUGAUUGAAUGUGGCUCUUACGGCCGUUUGAUGGGGUAGGAUACGCACCGGUAUUGAUUUUUCUGUUAUCUGAGUGGCUCUGUGAAUUCCCCUGGCAGAGGGCUCUGUGUCCUGAAUCAUUAGGGUUUCCACCCUUUUUCGUUUGAAUGUCUUGCUUGGCAGACAGGAGGAAUGGGAAUGCUCCAAACCAUGCUGGGGAUAGGAACAACGUGAACCACAGGCGUUACGUUGCCCUUUCACCAUGUAUCGACUCCAAAAGGCCAUUACCAUAGGUAACAAAACUUGCAUCUUGAUGUCAUUUAUUAGUCUGUCUACUAAAUACCUCCACUAUGGUUUGAGUGAUGGGACCUUUGAUAUCAUGCAUACAGUGUAAUGUUCAAGAGCGAAAGAAUCCACCCAAAGCUGAAAAAUGAUGGAUAUGCAUGUCACAGAUACUUAACUAGAGAAAGAACAAAACUGUAUUUUUGCCUCAAUGCUUAUAUAAAUAUAUAAAUGAUCAUCUUGUACAAAAAAAAUGUUACAGUUAAAACAAAUGCUAUGACUGUAAAAAAGGAAAGUUAUGUUCAUUUUGAGUUUACUCCUUUGGGUUAAGAAUUCAGUCAUAAGUACUUUGCACUUUCUUAAACUGUGCUCUCUGUGUCCCGCUUGCGUUAAGCCCUUUUCACCAACAGUGUUAGGGGGGAAAUGUUCUCUCUCACUCUAUUUUCUUUGAUUGACAAUGUCAUGCAGUUACUUUGAGUUGUUGUAAACCAAAAAGGAAAUGUACAUACCUCCUUCUCGAGUAAAAAAUGUAUAUUUGUACAAUAUCUGAAUAAUUACUGUUUUGGUUUGUAAUAAAGCAUUUGAUGAAUAGCCA